AUGCAACGAAAGAUACACCAGUUACAUUCUAUCCAAGGGAUUGAACAGGGAGCGUUGAAGAGAGCCAAUGUGGCCGUCGUGGCGACACAAAGGAAAGUGUCAGGAAAAUAAAUCGAUGCGUCGACGGUGUCUCAUUUAUACCGGAUCACAAAGAACAUCGGUUGCGCGAUGACCGGUAGAAUUGCUAAGAGAGUCGCCGACAGUAGAUCUCAAGUUCAACGUGGCCGAUACGAGGCCGCCAAUUGGUGAUACAAAUUCGGCACCGACAUUCCCAUCGAAUGUGUGUACAAAACCGAUCCGGCUGGAUAUUACUGCGGUUUUCGUGCUAUUUCCGUUGGUGUCAAACAGACCGAGGCGAACAUUUACUUGGAGAAGAAAUUGAAGAAACGCACCGAUUUCAGCGAAGACGAGGCCAUUCAAUUGGCCAUUGCCUGCUUGUCGACUGUGUUGGCCGUUGAUUUUAAGCCGUCUGAAGUGGAAAUCGGAAUUGUCACCAAGGAGGAUCCAGCCUUUCGUGUAUUGAGCGAAGAUGAUGUGGAAAAUCAUCUAACGGCCAUAUCAGAGAAGGAGUGAACGGGACGGGAGUUCGGCGAAUUUCGUUUUCAUCAAAUUUUGUAUCUUUGUUUGUGGAUCACGGCAUCUCAAUUUGAAUAAAAGGCGCAAUUUCAUUGCA